AUGAAUGUGGCCACGUGGGCCAGGGUUUCCCCAGAACUGAAGCGGGACACGGGCUGUGGAGCGGAGGACUGGGUUGUUUUCCUGCUCAUGGGGCUGGACGGGGCUGAUUACAGGGAAGUGUCGGGGAAGAUCGAAGGGCAGCCCGUUGUCCAGGGGAUUGGGGGCCCAGAACCUGGCGGGCGGUGGGAUGAGGGUGGGGUCGGGGUGGAAAGAAAGACCCAGAGAGAGAGAGAAAGUAGAGAUCCCUGGAGACGUCAGCCCCGGCCCCCGAGAGGCGUGUGCACCGGGAGGCGGGUCCGGCCUGGGGGCUGGGCCACCGCCUGGUUAAAGGCGGCUUCCUCCCCGGAACGCUGCUCCCGCCGUCGCACUUUCGCCCCCACUGUGAUGGCCUCGUCGCCUCUCCUGCCGUUCCUGCCUCUCCUGCUGCUGCUGCUGGAGGUCGCCGCUGCGGCGCGGGCGUCCCCGCUGGAAAUACUCCCCGAGGGGGCGGCCCCCUGCGAGGCCGGUGAGCUGUGCCUGCAGGCGCCCCUCUGGAAGUCUGACCCUCCGCCCAUCAACGUGAGCCUCUACUAUGAGUCACUGUGCCCCGGCUGCCGGUACUUCCUGAUCCGCGAGCUCUACCCGACGUGGCUGAUGGUCUGGGAAAUCCUCAAUGUCACGCUGGUGCCCUACGGAAACGCUCAUGAACAGAACAUCAGCGGCAGGUGGGAGUUCACGUGCCAGCACGGCGAGCAGGAGUGCAAGCUUAACAAGGUGGAGGCCUGCCUGUUGGACCAGCUGGAAAAGAGCGCGGCCUUCCUGACCAUUGUCUGCCUAGAGGAAAUGGAUGACAUGGAGACAAAUCUGAAGCCGUGCCUGCAGAUCUAUGCUCCGGAGGUGUCCCCUGACUCCAUCAUGGAGUGUGCCACAGGGGACCGUGGCAUGCAGCUCUUGCACAUCAAUGCCCAGCUCACGGACGCUCUGCAGCCACCCCACGAGUAUGUGCCCUGGGUCGUCGUCAAUGGGAAACCCAUGAAAGAGAAGGACCAGCUCUUACACCUCGUCUGCCAGUUGUACCAGGGCAAGAAGCCGGAUGUCUGCCAACUCAUAGCCAGCUCCCACAAGGAAGUCUGCUUCAAGUGAUGGCCGGUGCCCUGGGAGGGAACUGAUGCAGGAAGAACAAGAUCCCACCUGCCCUCAUUUUUUGAUCCCUGACUCAGCAGCCACUACUUAUCAUCCAGAUAACUUCUACACAUUCCACGAAGCCGAGACCCAAAAUUCUGCCCUGAGGUCAAGAAUCUCGCCCCACUGAGAACGGUGCUACACUGAAACUAGUUCAAUAAACACUUCUGGAUGUUGUGGUUCAUUUGAUAAGUCAGCAAAUCCCCUUUUCCUGGAUCUGCACAGUGCUGGAAUCCCUGAGAAGCCCCCUGUCCAGGGGAUGCAGAGCCAGACAGACAUUCCUAGUCCCAUGGGGGCAGGGAUGGGCUAGAGGGGGAGGCACCAGCACUAGAGAACCCAGAGGAGGAGUGAACGUUCUGCAUAGGGAGGAGGGACAUUGGGACUGGUGUUUUGAAGGGUGACUAGGAGUUCAUUGGGCAGAAAAUGUAUUUAUUAAUUCAACAAACAUCCCUAGCUCCCCUUUUUUGUUGCCUCACAUUGGGUGUUAUGGGUUAAGCCAGAGAAUGGUAACUGGAGCCAGGCAAGGCCAGAGGAUGGGGCAGGGACCUUGUCUGGGGAGUUUGAAAGAAUAUGUUCACUGGGGGGGAAUCAUGGCGUUUCAGGGAAGGGGAACCAGUGUAAAAAGGCCCAGACAGCAGCAAAAUCAGGAGUUAGAAUGGCAGGCUGAGGGACUUCCCUGGUGGCGCAGUGGGAAUCUGCCUGCCAAUGCAGGGGACACGGGUUCGAGCCCUGGUCCGGGAAGAUCGCACAUGCCGCAGAGCAACUAAGCCCGUGCACCACAACUACUGAGCCUGUGCUCUAGAGCCCGCGAGCCACAACUACUGAAGCCCACAUGCCCUAGAGCCCGUGAUCGUCAACAAGAGAAGCCACCACAAUGAGAAGACGGCGUACCGCAGCGAAGAGUAGCCCCCGCUCUCCACAACUAGAGAAACCCCACGCGCAGCAACGAAGAUCCAACUCAGCCAAAAAAUUAAAAUAAAUAAAAAAAUAAAAUCUCAAAGAAAGUCCUUCCUUGACAGGUUUCAUGGGAUUUGCCCUGAUUAUUUUACACAGGUGCAGCAGGUGUUCAGUUUGCUUUACUGGAAGUUUCUGUAAGGAAUCUCAGGGUGGACUUCUAAAAGCCUCUAUCAUUUGUUAACUGGAGAUAACAACUCGAGUUUCACCUGCAGUUUCAUCUGUGCCUUUUGGUGAAUUUCUCUCUUCUUUGAUGUCCUCAAAGUAUGGCAAGGAUCUUGGUUGGCCAGGCUGGACCUGUAGGGCUGACCCUCAAGCCAGGGACAAGCCAGUUUUCCCGUGAGGGUUUUGUAAGCACUGGCUCCCAAAAGUCCAACUUAGUUUCUUGAAACUGGCUGGUGAAACUGUAUCUGGAAACAGUCUGUCUUCCAGGAGGUGGAGCUUAAUUCCACCCCCCCCCCCAACACUCUAGCCCUGAGAGUGGACUGGAUUUUGGAACUCAAUUCCAAAGAGUAGGGAAAGGGAGAAAUGGUAACCUGACAGUGGAGUAGAAACACCUGGCAGACGUCCCUUAAUCACGUGAGCCAGCUGAGCCUCACGUGACCCUGGUUAACAUCAUGUGAUCCGAGUUAGAGGCACUGGGGUAAAUCACGUGAUAUCACACGCACCAUCUGACGCAAGGAGGACACCACCUCUGUGGGAUUCUCCCCAAAAACCCAGAACCCCAGUCUAACCACAAGAAAACAACACCCGAACCAAGAUGGAGGGACAUUCUACAAAAUGUCCCACUGGUCCUCUUCAAAAGUGUCAAGGUCAUGAAAAACAAGAAAAAACCCAGAAAGAAUCACAGACCAGAGGAGCCUGAGGGGAUGACUAAACGCAAUGUGGUGGGAUCGUGGCCAAGUUCACACUUGAAUGAGUAACUGGAAUUAGGAUUGAUAAUGCUGUCCUGUGGUUCCCUAACAUCAGCCAAUGCACCUUCAGGAAUCUGCCAAAUAGAAUUGUAUCACAGGGACUUCCCUGGUGGUCCAGUGCUUAAGAA